AUGGUUCAUACAUUCAUCAACAACUCAUUUUGGGGUGUCAUUAUCAAUAGAGUAUCUGGUCAUAAACUAUUCACUCAAAAGGAAGAAGCACCUGGUUACGAAAUACCUGAAAAAUAUUUACCAGGAUACAAAGAUAUUACUGAAAUAAAACAAGGAGAAGGAGAUGAAGAUGAUUCAUUAAAACAUCAAAAGGAUCAAGCCGAUCUUGAAGAAGACGCAGUUGAAAGUGGAAGCUCUUCAUUAAAUGAUGAUACUGAAAAGGAUUUAGGUAAUGGUGAUAUCAUGGUCAGUUGGGAUGGUGAAGAUGAUCCUGAAAAUCCAUAUAAUUGGCCAUUACAUCGUAAAAUCUUAUUGUUGGGUGAAGUUGCAUUCUUAACUGUAUCGGUAUAUAUGGCAUCAGCCAUUUAUACUCCUGGUGUGGAACAAAUCAUGGCUAAAUUCAAUAUCGAUCAAACUAUCGCUACCUUACCUUUAACUAUGUUCGUCAUUGGUUAUGGUUUUGGUCCAAUGUUUUUAUCUCCAAUGACUGAAAAUGCCGCCAUUGGUAGAACUUCAGUAUAUAUCAUCACAUUAUUCAUCUUUUUCAUCUUACAAAUUCCAACUGCUUUAACUACUAGUAUUACUGGUUUAUGUAUUCUUAGAUUCAUUGCUGGUUUCUUUGCUUCUCCAGCUUUAGCUACCGGUGGUGCCACCAUCGGUGAUAUCAUUACUUUCCCAUACAUUCCAGUUGGUCUUGCCACUUGGGCUAUUGGUGGGGUUAUGGGUCCUUCAUUAGGUCCAUUGAUCGGUGCUGUUUUAGUUGUCAGAGGGGGUCAUGAUGGUUACGAAUCUUGGAGAUGGCCAUUUUGGUUCAUGGCUAUUAUUAGUGGUACUUGUUUCUUAGUAUUAGGUUGGACUUUACCAGAAACUUAUGGUAAAACUAUCCUUUAUAGAAAAGCUGACAGAUUAAGAAAAUUAACUGGAAAUAAAAAUAUUACAAGUGAAGGUCAUAUUGAAAAUUCAAAAUUAACUCCAAGUGAAUUAGCUGUUGAUUUAUUAUGGAGACCAAUUCAAAUCACUCUUAUUGAACCAAUGGUUUUAGCAUCCAAUCUUUACAUUGCCUUGGUUUACUCUGUUAUGUAUCUUUGGUUUGAAGCUUUCCCAAUUGUAUUUGUGGACAUUCAUCAUUUUACUUUAGUUGAAAUGGGUGUUACUUAUACUAGUAUCAUGAUUGGUAUUGCAAUUGGUGCUGCAAUUUAUGUUCCAUAUAUGUAUCAAAAAUUCACUAAAGUUGUAUUGAAAGGUGGACAAUUUGCUCCAGAACAAUUCUUACCAAUGGCUAUUUUUGGUGCUAUCUUAAUGCCUAUUGGUAUUUUCAUCUUUGGUUGGACUUCAUCCCCUAAUAUUCAUUGGAUUGGUCCUCUUAUUGGUGGUGCCGUUUUCGCUUGUGGUGCUUUCAUCAUUUUCCAAACUUUAUUCAAUUACUUGGCUUUUUCAUUCUUUAGAUUUUUAGCUUCAGUUUUUGCUAGUAAUGCUUUAUUCAGAUCAGUCAUUGCUGGUUGUUUCCCAUUAUUUGGUAAGCCAUUGUUUAUCAAUUUAGGUUCAGAAAGAUUCCCAGUCGGUUGGGGUUCAUCUAUCUUAGGUUUCAUUGCUGUGGCCAUGAUUCUGAUUCCAGUAUAUUUCUACUACAAUGGUCCUCAAUUAAGAGCAAGAUCAAGAUAUGCUAAUUAA